AUUAAGCUAGCCACGUGUCUCUUCAUGACAACAAACUCACUACACAGCGGCAGUCGCACAAAGUUUUAUGAGCGCCAAAUUAAAAGUUUGGGCCUGAUUUAUUCACAGAAGCAACUUGACUGCUGUAACCGUAUAUCAAAAUAAGUAUAUUUCACACAAAGAUAUGCCCAGAAACACAGGCCACGGAAAUGAUUCCAGGCCGGCGACUGUUGUCAAGUAUAUCACACAGGGGAAUUUCUUCCAUAACAACCAGAGCUUGGAUGUUGAAGGUCAGCAACCUUCAAAGGAACCCAAGGUCAAGCAUAAACAAGUGAUAAAGCAAUGCAGAAAAAGACAGAUGGAAACAAAUGAGACAACACAACAACACCGUAAGAUUGCAGGAAAUCCUUUCAUUGAAAUGAACAGUCAACAGAAGGCCAGAAAUAUAUGUUACACACAAAAGUACCCAAGAACCAAGAAGACAGACUUCAACGUAUCAAGUAAAGCUAACGACGAGGAGAAAUCCUUACCAGAACGGAAAAGUUAUUUUGAUGAUAACCGCACUUCCCCUGACUUUAUCGAAAGUUUCCGAAAGAACAGAACUCGUCUCAGACCUGACCCGGAUGUAUACGAUUGGCCCAAGGAAUGGCUCCCUAAACCCGACACCCCACUAGUGCCCGCCAAUACGUCAGCAUUGAGGAUUGACCCUCCGAAAUCAAAACCACCUUGUCAUGUCUUUGAGAAUACGUUCUACCUGCAAUCUCCACCCAAAAUGAGGUCCGAAAUGGAACCUUGGAAACUAGACUUCGACUACAACCCGGAUGUUGAAAUGGCUCGAAUAAAAAAGAUCAAGAAAGCAGAAAAACAACUGCUACACACAGUGUCCGGACGUCGUAGAACACACAGGGAGAAGUUGGAUAUAAAAAACGAGGCCGAGAGUAUUGUCGACAUUGAGGAAAACCUGGAAAAGACGGCAAAAUACAACGAAAGGAAGAAAACGAACAUGGAGAUAAUGAGGCGAGUGUACAGAGAGAGGGACUUGGGUAAACCUCCAGAUACAAAUGACAUAAGAGAAAUGGCAAUGGACAUCAAAUGCAAAGUUUACCUCAAAACCAUGAAGGUUUCACAUCCAGGGUAUAACCACACCAAGAAAAGUGAAACAGAUCACGGAAACAUGGAUUUUGAUUUCACGAUCCCCAACGAAGAUACCAUCACCAACGAGGCUAGAAAAAUCACAAAUCAAAUUUUCCAGAAGACAGAAUCUGCUUUAGAGAGGGACUUGGGUGUUGUCAUCCACGAGCCCAAGCCUCGACCCAGUGCUGGUGUCAACUAUGUAUACGAUGCUUACAAAAAAGAGAGAGAAAGUGUUCUAGCUCAUAAUUCCUACAGCAAUCAUGGAUGGGGGACAAAUCGUAUAGGAACAGACCUAGACACGACAAAGGCAAAUGAAGGCCAACGAAUGACACUGUGGUAUGGACACGAGAACUACAGGAAGCUACAACAGUAUGAAAAAGGAAAACAUCACGGAAUUAUAGCUGGCUGUAGUAGUAGCAACUCAAACAGUACAAACCGUAAAGAUGAAGAAAUGGACGGCCCUAUAGAUGGAUAUGACAAUGAAGAAAGUGACGAUGGCGAGGAAUUGGAAGAGGAUAUCCCCUCGCCGCCUCGUAUGACAUUGUGGUAUGGACACAGUCAGAGCAUUGGGGAUGACGAAGACGUGGCGAUUGAUUUGAUGCACGGUGCUAUUCGAAAGAGGAAACUCGAUUUUGACGUCGAUGGCGAGGAGGAGUUUCACAGCGUCAAGCACAGGCCUACACUUUUGUAUGGAGAACACGAACUGAUGGUGAUAGAGGAGGACGUAGUGGGGAACGACGUCAAGCUAAAUCAUAAUGGAUUAGGAGGAGAGAAAGAUGGUGCGACGGUGAAUGACGGAAAAAAGGACGACGCUGAGGUAAGCUUCACCAGAACAGUGCCUUUCCUGUAUCUGUCCACAGAGGAUCUCCCGCAUAGGAUUCGAAUUGAGACCUUCACGUUCGAAAGGACACCACAGCAGAGCACCAACACCAACGAUCGGUUUCUCUACAGCCCUCGAUGUGUCAUCCUGUAGAAUUGUCACUUUAAAUAAUUUCGCAAACUCUCGAUAGAGACAUUCGAAUCUUAACAUAUGACCAUCUAGUCGUACCAUCUUUCAAUAUUAAUUGAACAUUUGGCCUUACCAAUGCUUCUGAUGAGUGGUAUGGUAGCAAUUACUAGGCAUAAUAUAAAGUGUAUGGGAGUAUGCAGUAGUUUGAAUAAUGUUUGAAAACUACAUUCGUGGUAAUCCGAAGCUUGCAUUUGUUUGAUGAAGAUCAAUAUUUAUGUGAGAAGCCACAAGUCUGACGUACAUUUAAAACUAUCAAUUAAUUUUACCAACAUUAAAAUGAUCAUAAUUGGUAUUAUGUGUUUAAAUAAUAUUUCUAUUAAAUGUCCAAAAAUGUCAUACAUCACAAAAGCAGAGAAUUGAAUGAAAAUAAUGAAAUCUAUUUUGUCAACUUAACAGGUGUUUUAUCUGUUGCCAGAUAGGAUGAUCUACUUAAUAUCUGUGAUUCUUUCACGUUACAUUAUUUUACCUACACACUUCAGAAUUAAACUGUUAUAUUUGUUAUAUUAAAGCCUUUAAUUUUUGU